CGAAACAAGCCCAAAGUAGUACUCUGGUCCGGUCAAAAGAAACUCCUUUUCUUCGUCUUUCCACUGGAAUCUCCCUCAGCUCCUUUUGUCUCAUAAACCCUAAAUCCCUAAAUCUGAAUCCGGAAAGGGAGGCGCAAGAAUUGAAAUUUUUAGGAGCUUUUUAAAAAAAGGGACAUAGCCAUGGCAUUAACUCGAAGUGGAUCAUGGAGAAGUGUCAUUGUUGCCAAGGAGGCAAUUGCUUUUGGACAACGAACAUUUGCUGCUGCGGCUGGCAAAUCCAAGAAGGGCUCUAAAGGGGCAACCAGCGAUGCGCCAAAAGCAUCAGUACUCAGCAAAGAAGUCAAGUCCACAACAGUGGUUGGUGCAAAUAUACUCAAGGAUGGAACUGAUCCGAAGAUCAUGCCUGAUUCUGAGUACCCUGAUUGGCUAUGGCAUCUGCUCGACAAACGUCCGGCAUUGAGCGAGCUAAGGAGGAAAAACAUUGAAACACUGCCAUAUGAAGAUCUUAAACGGUUUGUCAAGUUGGACAAUCGAGCUCGGAUAAAAGAAAACAAUUCAAUCAAAGCCAAAAACUAAUAGUAGUAAAAAGUAAUAAUGAUGAGGCAUGAUUUUUGUUGGUCAAGGACAAUGCAUCUUUUCUUAUAGGUUCUCUUUGUUGAUUGAGUUGCAUGAUGGAAUGACAGAAAUAUAUGGUGUGAUGUUCUCAAACCCAGGUUGCUGCUUAUGGCGGACUUGGACUUUGUAAGAAUUUUUACAGUACUUGUCAAUAAUGCUCCUUACCAAGUCAUGCAAAACAUAAA